CAGGCACUGAAAGGCGGCAGGAAGUUCUCCCCGGGUGCGCCGAGGCAGCGUCUCCAAGAGAAGAGUGAGCCAUCCAGCGCUAAUUCCGGGGAUGGAAAAUGGGGCUGAGUUAGAGCUGGGACAGGAAAACGCGAACGGAGGGCCCUGAGUGUGGGAGCCAUGGAGAGGGGACUCGUGGCAGGGGCCGUGCGCAUCGGGACCCAGCUCAUUCUGGAAGAAGAUUACAACGAUUCCUACGUUCCUGAUGAGCAAGAAAUCCGGAACUUUGCACCGAUAAUCGGGAUUGACCCCGAGAAGGAGUCAGAGCUGCUGUGGCUGGCCAGGGAGUGCCUGGUGGCCCCGUUACCCCCUGACUGGAAGCCCUGCCAAGACACCACUGGUGAUGUGUAUUACUUCAACUUUGCAACGGGCCAGUCCAUGUGGGAGCACCCCUGUGAUGAGCAGUACAGGGAGCUGGUGGUCCGGGAGAGGGAGAAGCUGCUGGCACAGGGCAGCCUGAGGAAGGAGAAGAAAGAGAAGAAGCAGAAGAAAGAAAAGAAAGAGAAGAAGGACAAGAAGGAGAAGCAGUCGCUGAAGCAAACCCCUCCCCUGGGCCCCCACCUGGCCCCCAUCCAGCUGCCCCUGGGGCCCCUCUCUCCUCUCCGUGGCCUCGCUCCGUCUCAGCCCCUCGUCCUCCGUGGCUCCCCGAGCGUGGGCAGCGUGGUGGACUCCGACCUGAUGGCCAGGGAAGGAACUCAGCUUGCAGAGAUCUGUAAGCCCACUGGGCACACCAGGAACCUGCUGGGCUUGCUCUGUGACGACGAGAAGAUUUCCUUGGACACGGCGGCUCUGGAUAAAUGGAGGAACGAGGAGGACGACAGUGAAAAUGAGAGUUUCCGUGGGACAUCAGGACUGCUAAAAAACCUGUACUUGGAUGUGGACGCCCUGGGAGGCAGCUUUGACUUUGAGCUUUCAAAGGCGUCGGAGAUCAGUGGGGAGGACCUGCAUGUCUCCAACAGCUCCAACAGGGAGCUGGCUCAGCCUGUGGUGUUGGGCUUCCAGAGCCAGCUUCCUGAGGAAGUACUGGAUGCAGGGGCUCCUGUCUUAGGCAGCCCCGUGUGCAAGGCCCAGGAGCUGGGAGAAGAGGAAAAAGACCAAAGCAAAGCCAGUACAGAGGAAGAGCAAAGCAAAAGAACAAAAGUUCCUGAGAGCGAGAGGGAUCUCGGUGCUUGUGAGACACCAGAGGAGUGUUUGGGUUUAGAGAGCCCCGAUGGGGAGGAGGCGGCGGAGGGGUCGCUGGGCAGCCCGAUGGAUCCAGAGGAGCUGUCUGCCCCACGGGACACGCAACCUGAGGAGGAAAUCAAGGACCAGCAGUCCUUGAACCAGCCUAGAGAAGAAUCCCUGGAGGAAAUAGCCAAGAAUGUGGAGACAGAGCUUGAGCAAGAGGAAAUUCAUUUAUUUCAAGCAAAGGAGGAGAAAAUUCAGCAAUUCCAGGAGGAGACAAGGCAGGAGGAGGAAGCAGAGAAGCUUGAUCAGCAAAAAGAAAAAUCCCUCAGGACUCCAGGAGAAGACUUGGCAAAGGUUUCUGAGGAGGAAGAGCUGCGUGUCAGAGAGGAAGAAGCUGAGAGACUGGCGAAGCUGAGAGCCAAGAUCGCCUCAGAGACCGAGGCAGAGGAGGAGAGGAUGAGGGCAGAGCAGGAGGCCACGCUGCAGAAACUAAGGGAGGAGUGGGAAUCCCAGCAGCUGAAGGAGAAGGAGAGCCUGGAGAGGAAGCAGCAGCUUGCCUUGGAGGAAAUGAAGCUGGAAAUGGAGGAAGCCCAGCAGAAAGAGAUCAGGGAGCUGGAACGAGAGAAGGAACAGUUCCUGAGCGAGGUCAGGGACAGGUUAGACAGGGAGAAGAAGAAGGCAGUAGAGGAGCUGGAGAAACAGUUUGCAGGUGAACUCCAGCAGCUGAAGUCUGCAGCAGAAGAGAAGCACCGUGAGGUCAUUUCCAGCCUGCAAACCCAGCUAGCAGAGGCACAGAGCAGCCAGGAGGCUCAGCUGCGUGAAGACUUGCAGAGAGCGGGUCAGAAAGUGCAGCAAAAAGCCUUCCAAGUGAAGGAAUACGAGCGGGAGCUCAGCGAGCUCAUGAGCGAGAAACGGCAGGAGGUGGAAAGAGACCACGAGAGGAGGAUGGAGAGGAUGAGACAGGAGCACAGGGAGGCCUUAGCCCGGAUUAAGGAGCAGUUUGAGGAGGAGGAGCGGAGGCGGAGGUCAGAGCUGCUGCAGAGGGUGCAGAGCGAGACCCUGCAGCUCUGGCAGUCCCACAACGCCGAGGUGAAGGCUCUGCAGGAGGAGCUGGAGGGGAGGCUCACUGACCUGAAGCACAGGCACAGGGAGAAGGAAAGAAAAAUCCAGGAUGCGGAGAACGAGCUUGAAAUACGUGCAAAGAGCCUCCAAGCCAGAUCAGAGCAGCUCCUCAGCCAGGAGGAGGACCUGCGAAGGAAAAGGCAGCAGCUGCUGGAUGAGGACAGGAGGACACAGCUGGAAAGGGAUGAAGCUGCUUUGGCCUCUCAGCUGCGCCUGGAGGAGAGCAGGAAGGAGCAUGGCAGCCUCCUGGAGUCCGUCCGGCAGCUGAGGAAGUCUCUGGAAGAGCUGCAGGACCAGAAGGCUGAGCUGGAGGCCCAGGUGGACCUGCUGCAGACCCGCAGCCAGAGGCUGCAGAAGCGCAUCGGUGAGCUGGAGGAAGCAGUCAGGAGCAGGCAGGAGACUCUGAAAGAACUGGAGGCAGAAGAGAGUGUGGAGUCCCCAAGAAAGCAAUCUGAGCUCCGUAUUGAAGACCUGAGAGAAAGUACUCAAGCUCCCUCAUCCAGAGAACUUGCUUCCUCAGCCUCUCAGAGCCACGAGGAAAGCGACUUCCAGUGUGAUCCUGUCCGGAGCUACAUCUCCGCGGAAGGGGCCUCCCUCCGGAAUGCCAAGGAGUUCCUGCGGCACCAGACCCGCUCCAUGAGGAGGAGGCACUCAGCACUGAAGGCUGCGAGGGUGCAGUGGCGCCAGGACCUGCAGAGGGCACAGGAGGCACUGCAGGAUCCCCACAGCUCCCAGCUCCUGGAGGGCAUGCGCCAGAACCUGGAGGAGGAGGCCAAGCACUUGGACAAGAUGAAGUCGGCCAUGCAGAAGGGGCAGGUGCUGCUGCAGAAGAAGGAGGAGAAGCUCAGCCAGCUGGAGUCUUCACUGCUGGAGGAGCUCUCAGAUGAGGAUACACUGAAGAGUGCUGCCUGCAAGAAGGUGGUGACUUUUGAUCUGAGUGACUCUGAGGACACAGAGAGUGCAUCCAUUGGAGAACUGUGUCAGCCUAAAUUUGAUUUGAGGAUGGAUUUAUGGCCUGUCCCCCAGCUGGACAAGAUCCAGCACUUGAGGGACUCUCUGCAGUGUAUCACCAGUGAGCUGAACGGGGUCCUGGGUGUCCUGGACUCCCUGAGCCAUCACCACACCCCUCUCUUCGCCUCGACAGCCCGUGAUGGCAUCCCUCUGUCCACAUAUUCCUCCUUGGCAGGCCUGCAGGCAGGCAGCUCCCUGGGGGAUAUUUCCAGGGUGCCUUCCACUGACAGGUGGGCCUGGAACAGUGGGCUGAGCACUGGUGUCUCCAUCUCAGGGCGGUCAGUGGACAACAUCCUGGCAGAGAAAUGGCACAGGUAUUUCCCAGAUGGGAUCUCAUCGCUCAGUGGGAAUCCCAAGCCUCUGGACAACAAGCUGGGAUACAUACCUGCAGAUGAACAAAUCCGGCAGCUGCAGCAUUCCAGGCUCCGUGAGCAGGGGAAGAUGAGCAUCGAGGGGAUGAUCGAGAGCAACAAGAAAUGGCUGAAAAGCUUCAGGAAGGACUCAAAAGCACCUCUCUCCCCACGUGCACAGAAGCCCCCGGCCAGCAGCACCAGCCCCAGCCUCCUCCAGCUGGGAAUGGAUGAAAACAGGCAAAUUAAGAUGCCGAGCCACUUGCCAUUUUGCCUGAUGAGGACGCCUGCACUUCAAGGGAUCCCAUCUGUGAAAAAUGAUCUUCAAAGCCAUUUCUCCUGAGAUGCCCCUCACCCUCCGUGCUGUGUGUGCUCCUCGGGUGGGUGAUGAUGCACAGCCCCCUCCUGCUCUGCUCCUGGGUGGUGUGUGCUGGCACACGCCGUGAGCACGGCAGGGGGAUGUUUACAUGCAAAGAGAAAUAAUAUUUUUGAUGAGCAUCAUUUUAAAACUCUUAAGAAUGUUUGUAUAUUUUAUUUUACUUUUUUUUUGCUUAUUUUCUUAGAAUUUUUGUAAUUACUCAGCCAGCCUUAGUCCUCUCUAGGAAGGGAGGGAUCAAAACACGGGUUUCCCAUCUGCUGUUGGAUUGCACCAACCCCUGUCUGUAGGGAUUUUGCUUUUAGUUUCCUGGAUACUGGGGGAAACAUGGCAAUCCUUCCAGUCAGGUGUUUUAGAAGGGACUCCAUGGUUCUGGCUCACUGUGG